AUGGGGAAUCUCUACCGGAGCCUCCACAGCUCCUUACCCAACGCUAAUUGGAACACUAGUGACCCAAAUCCUUGUCGUUGGAUAAGGGUCAACUGCUCUUCUUCAGGAAACUCCUCGCUGGUCAAAAGCCUAGACCUCUCCGGCGUCGGCUUAUACACCGCCCCCAACUCCUCGUCGGCUGCCAGAUUCUUCGACCUACUCUGCCGCCUUGACUCUUUGGAGUCCCUCGACCUCUCUGCGAACUCUUUGACCAUACCAGCGGACCUUCUCUCAGCUCCUAAUCUGGUGUCCGUGGAUCUGACAAACAAUAAGCUUCAAGGUCAUAUUCCUAAUAAUCUGUCUCAUAAUCUCUACCGAUUGCGGCUUGGUGGGAAUUCACUCAAUGGGACCAUUCCAGAAACGAUUGGGAAUCUCUCCAAUUUGACGUACUUGGAGCUGAAUGACAAUAAUUUGGACUCGCAGAUUCAUCCACAGAUCGGCAGCUGCAAGAAUCUGACGCUCUUAAAUCUUGCAUCCAAUCGUUUUCAUGGCGAAUUGCCGGAGGUGUUGGGUAGCCUUAGAAAGGUGGUUGUAUUGAAGCUUCAAAAUAACAGUCUCAGUGGCGGCAUCCCUGAUACGUUCUUCGAAUUGCAGGUCAACUUGAGCGUACUAGAUCUAGGCCAAAACUCCCUCACUGGUGUGAUCCCAUCCGCAAUUUCCAGAUUACAGAGUCUUUCGAACUUGAUCUUAGAAGGUAAUUAUUUCAAUGGUUCUAUACCCGAUACCAUUGGUAACAUGUCAUCUCUGAUAGAACUGCGGCUGGGAGGCAACAGGCUGAGUGGAACAGUUCCUACAAUGCCUGCUAACUUGAGGAUAGCUCUUAACCUCAGUCAUAACUUACUCAGUGGAUCCAUACCAUCCUCUCUCGGUGCUUUAACAGAAUUGGAGGUUCUUGAUCUCUCAGACAAUGGUUUUACUGGUGAGAUUCCAAGGUUUUUAGCAGGCAUGAGAAGCUUGACACUGUUAGAUCUGUCAAACAAUAAUCUUUCUGGAAUUCGUCCUGCAUUUAGAAAUUAUGUUACGGUCAUCACCUCUGGGAACAGGUAUCUCAUAAACUCAUCCGAAAGCCAAAACACAUCCAGGUCAAGAAAAAAGAGGUCACCUAUUGUGAUCAUCGUCGUGGUUAUCUCCAUGGUCGCUGUCUUAAUCUUGGCGGCAGUGGUUGUUCUGCUAAUCUCUUCCAAGCGCUUUUAUCGGGUGGAAGACGAAAGUCCACAACUUGGAGAAAGCAAUCUUCAGAUUGUUAAUGGCUGCUUUGUGACUGCAAACAGUAUACACAGAUCGAGUAUCGACUUCUCCAAAACAAUGGAAGUCGCCAGUAAUCCAAGAAAAAUCAUACUGAAGACUCGAUUCUCUACCUACUACAAGGCUGUCAUGCCAAACGGGGUUAGCUACUCCAUAAAGAAACUGAAUUGGACCGACAAGAUUUUCCAAAUGGGAAGCCAUGAAAGAUUCCGCCAAGAACUGGAGGUGUUAGGAAAGCUGAGCAACUCAAAUGUAAUGGUUCCCUUGGCGUAUGUGUUGACCGAAGACAGCGCGUACCUGUUCUAUGAACAUGUGCACAGGGGGACUGUGUUCGAUUUCCUUCACAAGAACUUGGUGAAUGUUUUGGAUUGGCCCUCUCGUUACUGCAUAAUGCUAGGGGUAGCUCAAGGGUUGACAUUUCUCCAUGGGUGCACGCAGCCAGUUCUUCUGCUUGAUCUAUCGACAAAGACGAUCCACAUGAAGUCACCUAAGGAGCCUCAGAUAGGGGACAUCGAGCUCUGCAAAGUUAUUGAUCCUUCGAAGAGUUCCGGGAGUCUCUCCACUGUUGCUGGCUCGGUUGGAUAUAUUCCUCCAGAGUACGCAUACACCAUGACGGUGACAAUGGCCGGGAAUGUCUACAGUUUUGGGGUCAUUGUACUGGAGCUGCUGACUGGGAAACCAGCAGUGAGCAAUGGACUUGAGUUGGCCAAAUGGGCACUGAGCCACUCAGCUAGGUCUAGUGAAAGAGAGCAGAUCCUUGAUCCUAAAAUCGCGAAAACGUCGUUGGCUGUUCGAAGUCAGAUGCUUUCGAUUCUGAAGGUUGCCCUAGCAUGCGUCAGUGCGUCGCCGGAGGCAAGGCCGAAGAUGCGAAAUGCGUUGAGGUUGCUGUUCAAUGCAAAGUAGUUGUUGCUCGGCAAAGGCAGCUAAAGGUUUCUUCUUGUUGCUCAGAAUUGGUCAUGCACUAGUUAUGCUGGUGAUAGCUGUGUUCUUUUGGUAUUGAACUGCUGUUUUACCAUUCAGAAUUGUUAAUAUCCACCAUUGUAAGAUAGUAUCUAUCACACUUGUAUCUCUAUUUCCUUGAUAGUGUUGGUCCUUGUUUCAGCACUCAGAAAGCAGAGUGAUGUAACAGCAGAUCUUAGAUUUAUAUAUUGCCAGACAUCUGUGGUUUAUACU